UCUUGAUAAGUGAUAGCUUAGGUAAGUAGUGAUCUAAUAGCCCAACAAAGAUACGCAGCUUAAAGUAAAGGGUUUUAGCUGUUGAAUUUGAAUAAUAUUGAUUAUUGUGUUUCUAAAAUAAUGAACACAAUAAGCCAAGCUGGAAACUUAAAGCGGAGACGUGAGGAGGGCAUCUGUAUCAGGACUGGAAAAUUUGUGAAGCUCAACAUAGAAACGGAAAUCGUGCCGGCUCUCACAAAAUUCAUUCGGAAAGUGGUAAAGGAGGAGUUGGAGAGCAAACUGUCCGUGGAGGAUCUCAAAGCAUCACUACAUUCAGGGGCGGCGGAGAAACCCUACAAGUUGGUUUUCAAGGCUGAUUUGGGUGAUACAAUUUAUAAAGACUCCAAAAUCAAAGCGAAAGAAAAUGAUGUUGAGGUUGCUCUAUACGAUACUGUGAGCAAUUCAGUAGUAAGACAUGGCCCACUGUCUUCCAUUAAGGUCGAGAUUUGUGCCCUCAACGGCGAUUUCGGCUCCAAUAAUGGAAGGUGGAGCACAAGCGAAUUCAAGCACAACAUCGUUCACCAAAGAGAAGAUAAAGCCAUGUUACUAAAAGGAGAAACCGUUAUCACACUAAAGGAAGGAGUUGGUCACAUCAACUUCAUUACCUUCACCGGUAACUCAAAGCGUACAAGAAGCAGCCGUUACAGAUUAGGAGCCAUUGUUCACUUACCUUGCCAUCAACAACACGUCGGAGAAGCUGUAAGCAAUCCUUUCAGGGUCAAGGAAAGCAGAGGGAAUACGAAGAAUUUCCCUCCGUCACCUAAGGACGAAAUAUGGCGAUUGGUCAACAUAUCAAAAGAUGGUCACGUCCAUGACCGCCUCUUUCGUCACCUUAAAAUCCAAACUGUUGAGGAUCUCUUGCGUUUUGACAACCCAACCGAUCGUCCUUUGUUACAAAAGACGUUUGGCCAAGGUUCAAGAAAGCUGAGGGAAACACUUAAGCAUGCUAAGACUAGUUGUCAAGGACAAAAGUGUCAUUCGCAGAAUAUUAUCAUCAACUCCGAUGAUGAUAAGCAUGUUGAGGAGACACUAGCAUUUGCACACACCUUUCCAGGCCCAAUGGCAAGUCUACAACAUCAAGAUCAACUAGGAAAAGGGCAAGAUUUUGUCCAACCUUCUACCUCAACACCACACGUUGCUGGAGCAGAUAGCAAUGGCCAGUUUGAUUUUGAAACAGAACUAUUUGAGCUACUACCCCCUGAAACGCGCAUAGAAGGGAAUAAUGAUUGGGAUUAUUGUUUCUGAUGAGUUCAUAUGACUUUUUAAUAUGGCAAUAUCUAUCUUGUAUGUGUGGGAAUAAUUGUUGUUGUGAAUGAAUUGAAAUGCAUGGGGGCGAAGAUGUAUAGCACUUAUUAGGCUCUCUCUAUAGUCUAUAUAUAUAUAUAUAUAGCUACUUGAACUUUGAAAGACAAACACAUACGGCAGUGUUUGGCCAUGGGCCGGAUAACUUUAUUCAAUUAUAAUUUAGGUAUUUAUUUGUAUUUGUUAAUUUUUCUAAUCAAUAAAAACAAUUAUUAUCAUUUAA